AUGUCAAUAACAAUUAAAGCUGUUUUAAUAAAUUAUUUUAGAACGGGCGCUGGUUCUUGGACAAUCGAUGUGGCAACCAAUUAUCCGAAAGCAAAAUUUAUCGGUGUUGAUAUUUCACCUGUUCAACCAGAUCUUGAUAAACCUGCAAAUGUUGAAUUUAUGGAAGGAAAUGUAUUAGAAAGUUUACCAUUUGAUGAUAAUACAUUCGAUUAUGUAUUUCAACGACUAUUAACUUCCGCAUUUCCUGCAAAUAAAUGGCCAUCAGUUAUUAAUAAGCUAGUUCGCGUAUUAAAACCCGGUGGUUAUUUAGAGCUUAUGGAACCUGACUUUCAAUAUAAAGGAAAUAUGGGGCCUGGGACAAAAAAGGUUGAUAAUGGCAUAGUGACUAUGUUUUACGAUCGUGGUAUAGACCCACACACAUGUUAUAAAUUGCAAGGUUAUUUAAAAGAACAUAACCAACUUUGUAAUGUUCACUGUGAAAUAAAAAAAAUGAAUGCAGAUGAAAAGCUUCGUAAAUUGCAAAUUAAAAAUUAUUCUGCUGCUCUCGUGGGUAUAAAGCCAAAACUUAUAAAUAUAAUUAAAGUAUCCAGUGCUGAAUAUGAUGAUUUAGUUAAAACUGUAGAAAAAGAAUUAUCUGAAUUCGACUGUUAUUUUGAUUAU